AUGCCUCCAAAAGCUGCUGAGAAGAAGCCCACCACUGGCGGCAAGGCCCCAGCUGGAAAGGCUCCCGCUGCCGAGAAGAAGGAAGCUGGCAAGAAGACUGCCGCCGCUCCCUCUGGUGACAAGAAGAAGCGAGGCAAGACACGAAAGGAGACCUACUCUUCAUACAUCUACAAAGUCCUGAAGCAAGUCCACCCUGACACUGGUAUCUCCAACCGCGCCAUGUCCAUCCUGAACUCUUUCGUCAACGACAUCUUUGAGCGCGUCGCCACCGAAGCCUCCAAGCUUGCUGCUUACAACAAGAAGUCCACAAUCUCGUCCCGCGAGAUCCAAACAUCCGUCAGAUUGAUCCUGCCGGGUGAACUUGCCAAGCAUGCCGUGUCUGAGGGUACCAAGGCCGUCACCAAAUAUUCUUCUCAAAGCAAGUAA